AUGGGUUCUCUCGACAACGGUCAUUCUACUGAGCGCCGCUUUGGCACUCUGGCGGUGCAUGCUGGUGCCCCUCAAGACCCAACCACCGGCGCCGUGAUUGCUCCGAUCUCCUUGUCGACCACAUAUGCCCAGACCAGCGUCGGCAACCCCGUUGGUCUGUAUGAGUACACUCGCAGCUCCAACCCCAACCGUGAUAACUUCGAGGAAGCCGUCGCCGCGCUUGAGCGCGCCAAGUACGCUCUCGCCUUCUCCUCCGGCUCCGCUACCACUGCUGUCGUUCUCCAGUCCCUCGCCGCCGGCUCGCACGUUGUCUCCGUCUCUGAUGUGUAUGGUGGCACUCACCGAUACUUCACCAAGGUCGCCAACGCGCAUGGCGUGCACGUCACCUUCUCGCCCUCCAUUGAGCUGCACGUGGAGGAACUGAUCCGGCCCGGCGAGACCAAGCUCAUUUGGAUCGAGACCCCCUCGAACCCUACCCUGGGCUUGGUGGAUAUUCGUGCGGUCGCGGACAUCGCUCACCGUCAUGGCAUUCUCGUUGUGGUCGACAACACCUUCAUGAGCCCCUAUGUUCAAAACCCCUUGACCCUCGGUGCCGACAUUGUCGUGCACUCCGUCACCAAGUACAUCAACGGCCACUCGGAUGUGUUGAUGGGUGUUGCCGCUUUCAACUCUGACGCUCUCAAGGAGCGCCUCGGUUUCCUCCAGAACGCCAUUGGCGCCGUCCCCUCCCCCUUCGACUGCUGGCUCGCUCACCGCGGCCUGAAGACCCUGCACCUGCGCGCCCGCGAGGCCACCAAGAACGCCACCACCGUGGCUCUCGCCCUCGAGGCUUCCCCGCACGUCAUCUCCGUCAACUACCCAGGCAUCGACUCUCACCCUCAGCGCAAGAUCGCCCUCAAGCAGCACCGCGACGGCAUGGGUGGCGGCAUGCUGAGCUUCCGCAUCAAGGGCGGCCAAGCCGCCGCGCACAACUUCUGCAAAUACACCAAGGUCUUCACCCUGGCCGAGAGCCUGGGCGGCGUCGAGAGUCUGUGCGAGGUUCCCUCCAGCAUGACCCAUGCCGGGAUCCCGAAGGAUCAGCGCGAGGCUGCGGGUGUGUUUGACGACCUGGUGCGGAUGAGCUGCGGUGUCGAGGACGCCGAGGACCUCAAAAUUGAUGUCCUGCAAGCCCUGGAGCUGGCGGUGGCUUCUGCCAAUGGCAGCGCAUAA